AUUUAAAUAUGAGUGUUGAAAGUUCGUGCCGAAACUGAAAACCACACUUCACAGAGACGAUUGAAGUAUUCGCUGAGAACUCGUGAACGAGAAAACGAAACACCGGAACUAGAAAUUUGAACAUAAUUUGAGCAUGCGCAUGAGCACAUAGUAACCAUUUUUUGAUUUGAGGUUAGGUGACAUUGUUUAUCAGAAACUUAAAGACAUUUUGCCAUUAAAAAUAUGGAAGGGCAAGAGGAGAAGAAAGACGCCCCAGAAGCAAAAAGGGUGCACACUUAUCCAUUAAUACGGCACUCUGAUAUGAAUGAUGAAAUGAGAACUGAGGCCAUGGAGUUGUGUGUCACAGCAUGUGAAAAAUUUGUCAACAACAAUGAGAAUGCUGCCAAAAUGAUAAAGGACACAAUGGACAAGAAAUUUGGAGCUUCCUGGCAUGUAGUAGUAGGAGAGGGCUAUGGUUUUGAGAUCACACAUGAGGUCAAGAAUCUUCUGUACAUGUUCUUUGGUGGCAACAUGGCUAUUUGCUUGUGGAAGUGCUCAUGAUAGUUUCAACUGUGCACUCAGCAAUGCUUUGAAGUGCUAGUGCAGCUCACUGAGAUCUUUUUAUACAGACAUAUCUAGAAUUGAGUUAAAAGAGUUCUGAUUUGAAAAACAAAAAGGACUUGAAAAAUCUUUAAGUUAAAAUGUGAUAUAUUUAGUUCACUGACACUCACUUACCCCUCCCUCCUGCCUGUGUGUUUGUGUGAAUACAUGGAUUUCUAUGCUACUUUACAUAGUAGUGGAAGUGGAAUUGGAACGUAUUUGGGUGUCUAUUCUUCUGUACAUGGUUGUGGAAGUGGUAAACUGGGAAUGGAGAGGUGAUGUUAAGCUGGUAAUAGUUCUUUCUCUGAAAGUAGACAUCAUGGUUACCAUUUCUCAAAUUACAACCUGGUUGAAUUUGCAACAAACCUAUUCUUUUUAGAAACAAUAGAAACAUCUCUAAUUUUUUAAGAAUAGCAACAUUUUUAAAAUACUUUUUCCUGCUUUUGAAGUAUCCCAUUUAAGUCACAGUGAUCUAAGCAAAUCUCUAUGAUUGCCUAUAUAGAUAACAUGAGACUUUAAAAUAAGGCUGUUACUGUUUAAACCUACAGUAUAUAUAUAAAUGAAAAAAAUAUUCUCUUGACAUGAAAUACUCUUGACAAAAUACCUUCAAAUAUUUAAUGACAUUUUUGUAAUGUGUUAAUUUUUAACUGCCUUUUACAUUCCACAUUUUACACUUUUUUGGAGUAAAAAAAGUAUGUUAUGAAAAGGAUUAUAAGAGCGAUUGUUUUUGUUAAAUGCCGAAAAUAAUAGUUAAAAAUACACACACAUGCAUUCACGCACUCUCUCUCUUUCUCUCUUUUACUGUUUUGUUUAGGACUUGUGGAGACCAUGAAUUUGAUCUUCUAAAGUACUUGGUGUUGAGGUUUAUAUUCUGAUCCUUGCAGGCUGGCUUCAUGGUUUGCAAAUGCUGAUGUUUAGUAUUAAUUCUUUAUUUAUUAAUUGGACUAGUAAUAUAAACUGCAUAUCUUCAACUCAGAUACAAAGAACUGCAUAGUUUAUUAAGAAUCUUUGACUCCAUUAAAGUCUUUGACAAUGUUUAGAUCAGAUCUAUUUCAAGUCGACAGCAGCCUUUGCUAUAACUACAUCCAGGGUGGCCUUAAAAAUGUUUUUCUUGUUACUCUUAUUUUUAAGCACACUAAAUUCCACCAAGUAUACUAAAAAUAUUUGUUUAAAUUGUUACCACCUGUUUGUAUAAAAUCGUCGUGUAGUUUCAGCAAAGGUUAUUUGUAAAGCUUAAUAAUAGGUAGCAUUACAUUCAAGCUGACUGUUCAGUAAGCAAACUCACAGGGAGAAGCAUCACUGUGGAUUCCUUGUUGCUACUGACAGUCUAACUUUAUCACUUGGGCUAUGCACUUGUACAAAGACAACAGUUUAUUUUUUAUUUAACAUGGAUCAUUCCUGUAAAUAUUGAGACCAGAAUGAUUAUAUUCAUUCCACUUACAUUAGUUUCAGAUACAUGUAAAUCUAAUAAAAUAUAAUUUUAAUUAGUUUCUUGACUUGUACUGCUUUGGGCUGAGUGAAUGUAUAAGAAGGUUUGCUUACUGUAGAUAUCUUUGUGUAAAUACUGAAAUAAUAAUUGUUUAUUGGAAACAUAUCUCAACUGCACUAGAAACUGCAUGUUAUGUUGUGCAUUUGGCAUGAAGUAAAUGAGUUCUCCUGU